AUGAACAACACAAAAGGAAAGAGGAGAAGUACCUGGUAUAUGUUUUCUAGACCUUUUAGAAACCAUGGAGUUGUUCCUUUGGCUACAUAUAUGCAAAUUUACAAGAAAGGUGUUAACAGGAGACAUCAGGGAAUGGGCACUGUUCUAAAAGGAAUGCCCCACAAGUGUUACCAUGGCAAAACUGAAAGAGUCUACAGUGCUCCCUGGCAUGCUGUUGGUGUUGUGAUAAACAAACAAGUACAGGGUAAGAUUCUUGUAAAGAUAAUUAAUGUACGUACUGAGCAUAUUAAGCACUCCAAGAGCCAAGAUAGCUUCCUGAUGCACAUGAAGGAAAAUUAUCAGAAAAAGAAGAAAACCAAAAAGAAAGGUACUUGGGUUCAACUGAAGCACCAGCCUGCUCUACCCAGAGAAGCACACUCUGUGAGGACAAAUGGAAAGGAGCCUGAGCUGCUGGAACCCAUUCCCUAUGAAACCAUGGCAUGA